UCCGUUCCGUUCCGUCCCCCAACGAAUAAAAGCGCACCGCGUACAUGCCUUCCACCGUGUCCUCCAAAGCACCAGCGCCGGCAGGAGGGCCCCCCGCCGGAUUCGAUUCCCGGCACGUCCUUCUCCUCCCUUUCUCGCGGGCGCCGCACGCCCCUUCCCCCUCCUCCUCCUCCUCUUGGUCUGAUGAAUGGGGAGAGCCUCCUCGACCGCAGCUCCUCCGCCGACGCCGCCAUGAACGACGCCGUGCCCGGCCACCGCCACCACCACCCGCUUAGCGUCUUCCUCCGGGACGCCAGGUUGGCGUUCAGGUGGGACGAGCUCGGGAGGGAGAUCAUGGGGAUUGCGGUGCCCGGCGCGCUCGCCCUCAUGGCUGACCCGGUCGCCUCGCUCGUCGACACCGCCUUCAUUGGCCACAUAGGCCCAGUUGAACUUGCAGCUGUUGGUGUAUCUAUUGCCGUGUUUAAUCAAGUAUCAAGGAUUGCAAUAUUUCCCCUUGUCAGUGUCACGACAUCAUUUGUUGCGGAGGAAGAUGCUACAUCCAGUGACAGAGAAAAAUAUGAAAUAAAUGGCGAGAAUGAAUUCAAUGUUUCAGACAGUGAAAUGGAAGAGCUGGUUUCUCAUGAAGAGGCUAGUGCUGCUCCCAGUAAGUCGUCUUUCGAAACUGACUCAAGUGAUGUCAAAAUUGAACAUAAGCGGAAAAACAUUCCAUCGGUGUCUACAGCAUUACUACUUGGUGGGGUGCUCGGCCUUUUACAAGCACUGCUUCUUGUUAUUUGCGCAAAACCUCUCUUAGGCUACAUGGGUGUGAAACAGGGCUCUGCAAUGUUGAUGCCAGCACUAAAGUACUUGGUAGUCAGAUCUCUUGGUGCUCCUGCUGUGCUUUUAUCUCUGGCAAUGCAAGGGGUAUUUCGUGGACUUAAAGAUACAAAGACACCUCUUUAUGCAACUGUGGCUGGAGAUGCAACCAACAUAGUUUUGGAUCCAAUAUUUAUGUUUGUCUUCCAGUAUGGUGUCAGUGGUGCAGCAAUUGCUCAUGUUAUAUCACAAUAUUUCAUUGCAUCCAUUCUCUUAUGGAGGUUAAGGCUACAUGUUGACCUACUUCCACCCAGCUUUAAACAUAUGCAGUUCAGUCGAUUCCUUAAAAACGGUUUCCUAUUACUUGCCAGAGUUAUUGCUGCAACAUGCUGCGUGACACUAUCUGCAUCAAUGGCUGCACGGCUAGGUUCAGUUCCAAUGGCUGCAUUUCAGAUUUGCUUGCAGAUCUGGCUGGCUUCGUCUCUUCUUGCUGAUGGAUUGGCUUUUGCAGGACAGGCUAUACUUGCAAGUGCAUUUGCUCGUCAAGACCAUUCUAAGGCCGCAGCCACAGCUUCUCGUAUAUUGCAGCUGGGAUUGGUUUUAGGACUUCUCCUAAGCAUUUUUCUUGGCAUUGGCCUCCGUUUAGGAUCAAGGUUAUUUACUGAUGACCAGGAUGUUCUACAUCAUAUUUACCUAGGCAUACCGUUUGUCUCUCUGACUCAACCAAUCAAUGCGUUAGCUUUUGUUUUUGAUGGUAUCAAUUAUGGAGCAUCAGAUUUUGGAUAUGCUGCUUAUUCAAUGAUUCUUGUGGCAAUUGUCAGCAUCAUCUUCAUAGUCACACUAGCAAGUUACAAUGGUUUUGUCGGAAUUUGGAUAGCUUUGACAGUCUACAUGAGCCUCCGAAUGCUUGCAGGAUUCUUAAGGAUAGGGACUGCACGAGGACCAUGGACUUUCUAUGCAGCUCAACGCAUGCAUUCUCAUGAGGUGGUUGGACUUUGUUGAACAAUACUAUAGGAAGACACCAUGGAUACUUUGUAAGGUUUUGCAGGUUUGGUGGGAAUGGAGGUUGUUUGAACAAAAGAAAAUAUUCAACUGUCAUGUACAUAGAUAAUCACACAUGUUACUACUAUUCUAAUAGAUUCUCCCCUGUCGUGUAUGUUGUAUUUGCCCAUGUAUAGUUCAGUAUGUUCGGCUGGCUAUUUUGUAACAAGUUUGGAUAUAAAGUCACGUAGCAUAAGAUGUUUGCACACCGUGAGAUAUACGGAGCAUUGGCAUUUGAUUUUUAAAACAUUAAUGGAAAUUUUACCAGAUGCCAA